ACGUGUGGUACGUGUGUUUUCGGCGUAUUCCACUACAAUGCACGGGUGUUACUCAUCCAAAUUCUCCUUUUGUAGAGUUUAAGUUUUAGUUUUAAGGCGGAUAAUUUCGAUAAUUAGUUAAUUAAAAUAAUCACCGUCAAAUGGAAUAGUUAAUUCUGUCGUUCAGUCAAUUGUCAACAAGCCACCACAAUGAUCUUGUUAGAGAUCAAUAAUCAAAUCGUCGAAGAUACUCUAACUGUCAAAUUUAAAAAUGCAUUGGCAGGGCUUAAAUUCGAAUUCACCGAUGUAUUAGUGGCAGAUUUCGAUGGCGUCCUGUUUCAUAUUUCCAGUCCUAACGCUAAUAAAUCAAAAUUAAUGGUGAGCAUCUGCCUGAAAUUUUUCAAAGAUUUGCAACAACACGGUACAGAUCAAUUAUUAAAAGACAUCUAUGGUUCCUUAAUCACCAAUACUGAAGAUGGUUACAGUGUUUCUUUACUACUCGAUUUAGAGAACAUUCCAUCCAAUUGGGAAGAAAUAGUGAAAAAAAUAGGUUUGCUCAAGCGUAACUGUUUCGCGGCUGUUUUUAAUAAAUAUUUCGAUUUUCAAGAACGAGGCGAAGAAGGCCAUCAAAGAGCUGUUAUCAAUUAUCGUAGCGACGAAACGAUGUACAUAGAAGCGAAAUCCGAUCGGGUAACUGUUGUGUUCAGUACGAUUUUCAAAGAUGAAGAUGACAUCAUUAUUGGAAAAGUAUUUAUGCAAGAAUUUAAAGAAGGUCGAAGGGCGAGUCAGACAGCGCCUCAAGUGUUAUUUACUCACCGAGAUCCGCCUCUUGAAUUAUUAAAUACUAAUGCUAGAGUUGGUGAAAAUAUCGGUUAUAUCACCUUUAUUUUGUUUCCAAGACAUACGAACAGGGUAGCUCGUGAUAACACGAUAAAUUUAAUCCACACGUUUCGUAAUUAUCUGCAUUAUCAUAUAAAAUGCUCUAAAGUAUAUAUUCAUUCGAGAAUGCGAGCAAAAACCUCUGAAUUUUUGAAAGUUUUGAACAGAGCCCGACCAGAAGCAAAAACCACCGAAAAGAAAACUAUUACCGGUCGAACAUUCGUCAGACGGGAGUAGAACUCACCAUCCAAAAGUUGAACAACUUUUGAGCUUAAAAAUAUCCGUAUAAAAUGCUGCGAGUUCAAUUUUUACCUAUAUGAUAUGGUUCUUCCAAUAUUUCGUUGUAUUUUUUUUUUUAUUAUUAAUAUUGAAAAUAAAAAAUGUUCAUAUGUAUAUAUUCAUGCAUAUUGUUAGAUAAUUUAUUAUGAAACCUUACAAUUACCAAGUUAUCUAUGUAAAUAACGUAGACCUUAUACAUAUUAGUAAUGUAAUAAUGUAGCGAAUUGUUGCAAUUAAUUAUUGCUAUUGUUGAUACGUAAUUGAUAUUGUUUUAAUUGUUAUAUUUCAUUUUUCACAAUCUUCACACAAGCAGUGAAGCAGUAUAAUCGUUAUAUAUUUGUGUUUCUAUCGGAGCCUUUAUGUUUGUUGAAAAAUAAUUUCCAUCUUUAGUUGAAAUUAUGUAACGUCGUCGUCGUAGUCGUCGCUAAACAACGAAUCGCGCUGAGUGGCAGAAACUAGAGCAAGUGCCAAUGCAUUUAUUAAACAUUUCUUUUUUAACUCGUUCGUGAUUUUUUUUUUUUUACUUUGAGAUUAGUCAUCGAUCACGGUUCUGUGAAAUAUAACGGUGAUCGCGUUAACGUGUAAUUAAUUUUAUUUAGAGAUCUGCUACAUCGGUGUUUAGAAACACAUAACUUAAAGCUUUGUUAACUUUGUUAUUUUUUUUUUUCGUAUGUGCGAUGAUCAAUGUUGAUUUUAUUAUUUUCUUUCUCUUUUUUUUCCGAACAGGGAUGGCAAUAUAAACAUUAGUUACAUAAAUUAUAAUAAAGUAUUUUAACAAUU